GAAUGAAAUCAAACAAGCAGGAGAAGACGACCCUUUUUCCUUUUCCUUUUUCUUUUGCAUUGUCUUGGGCCGAUAUGUCGGCUGUGGACUCAAAGCAAGGAGAGCGACGGGUCGUUUUAACUUCAAAUCAACGUCAUCAUAUGGGGAAAAAAAAAGAAAGAACCUUUCACAAAAUCCCUCGUCGAAGCAAACCCAAAAGCAAAGAACAAGAUGAACCCACUUUACUGGCACAAAGUUGCUGCGAUUUCUGGCGUUGCAGCUCUCGGAUUGGGCACGUACGGCGCUCAUGGUUUCAAACCCAAAAAUCCAGCUUAUAAAGAGGUUUGGCAAACGGCGUCUCUUUAUCAUUUGGUUCACACAGCGGCUCUUCUUGCUGCCCCGUCGACCAAGAACCCUAACAUUUUUGGAGGCCUUUUGACGGCUGGAAUCCUUGCAUUUUCUGGCACGUGCUAUACUGUGGCUCUUCUUGAAGAUAGAAAGUAUUCUUCUUUAGCUCCAUUUGGUGGCUUUGCUUUCAUUGGUGCAUGGGCUAGCUUGCUCUUCUAAAUUUUCCCAGUUCCAAUAUGUUUACAAUCGUUCAAUGCUUUUCGCUAAAGGUAUCGGAUUCUUGAUUCAAUCCAUAUGUUGUGUUUAAGAUUUUAAAAAUGGGAAAUGAUCCAGGUGCAGUCUAAAUAGAGUUAGCUUAUGCCAUUUUCUUUGUAAAAGGUUCAGAAUAAAUAUAGCUCAUUGAGCAUACUUUAUUUUUGGGCAAUCUGUACUUUAUACUUUAUAAAAGAGUAGUAAUACUUUUGUUUUUUUAAGUAUGCCAAUUAAACUUUUAGAAGAUGUGUAAGGGAAGUUUGUUUUUGUAAUCAAUUUUAUUUUUAAGGGUUAAAA